ACAGCGUGAAGGAGUCCAGAAGCCAGAGGCCACCACAGGGUGUCUGCCGGCCUGACCAUGAACCUGGAGCCACCCAAGGCCGAGAUCCGGUCCGCCACCCGGGUGACCGGGGGGCCCGUCACUCCCAGGAAAGGGCCCCCCAAGUUUAAGCAGCGACAAACAAGACAAUUCAAGAGCAAGCCCCCCAAGAAAGGCGUCCAAGGGUUUGGGGACGACAUCCCUGGAAUGGAAGGCCUGGGAACAGAUAUCACAGUCAUCUGCCCAUGGGAGGCCUUCAACCACCUGGAGCUGCAUGAGCUGGCCCAGUACGGAAUCAUCUAGCACCCAGGGUCCCGGGACCCUCCACCCUGCUGUCUGCUCCAACCCCUGCUCAGGAUUCCUGUGGAGGAGGCCCACCCCCCAGUGCAGUGUGUCCGGAUUGCCCAGAUUGUGUCUGGAGACCUGCACAGGGCAGCGACUUCAGGCCCCCAGACACUAGUUCCCAGGAGCCCACCAUCUCCCCACAGGAUGCCCUCUUGGGGCCGGCCAGGCCCUGCUUAACUUCCCGAGACUCUGGCCCACACCCCCAGGCUUGCCCUUGGAGACAGGGAGCUGGACCCCAGCCCCUCUCCACUGGUGGCUGGAAAGCCAGAGCAGGACCUCCCAGGAGUGUCCCCCUCACCCAGGCCCCCAUCCUCCCUGUCCCAGGGUGAGAACAAGCCCCUCCCACUAGCCCGUCCCAGCAGGCGCCCUUGGGUCUGGGAUGGUUGUGGGCAGGAGUCCUGAGGGCAUCAGCAAGAGAGCAAGGCCACUGUGAACCAUCAUGCCUGCAGGACCUCGUCCUUUCCAACAUGGCCCAUGCUUGCUGUCCUUGUUUCAAAAUAGAGUUAGUGCACCCCCACUUGCUCAUUUGGGGCAUGUUGUCAGUAGAAUGUAUGGAUGAAGGUGCAGGGCAGUGGGGGCAGCAGGGCCCUGGCCAGGCUGAGAGGGAAGAAAACCCAUCGGGCUCUGAGCCUGGCUCUCUCAUGGCCGGGGACACAAGCAGCCAGGCCAGGGCUGGGACGAGGCAGGCAGGUGGCCUCGCGCACUCCCAGUGGCCAGAGCAGGCCUGACCGAGAAGGUGGGACAGGACAAGGCCCAACAACAGCUCACGCCAGGAGGAGGGAACGUCUUUCCCCUCCUCACAGGUGAGGAAACAGGUGCGGAGAGAUUCGGUAACUUACCCAGUGGCCCAGCCAGCCUGUCCUUAGUGUCCACUAAAGCUGGUCAGGCACCCACUCGUGACCUGGCAAUUCCACUCCUGACACCACAGCCAGGAGAAGCAGGGCCACCUCCAUACCAGACCUGUGCAAAACUGUCGCUGGCAGCAGUCAUUAUCCGGAAGCCACCCAGGUGCGUGUCGACAUGGACCAGGUGUGGUGACCAGAUGGUGACUCUCGGGAAGGGCCCUCAGUGAUCCCGUUUAUGUGAAAGCCAGGAAAGGCCACACUAACCGAAGGCGG